UGUGAUCGUUUUAGCCCUCGGUCCUUUUUAUAGUUAAUGCGGCCCUGCGUAAAUGUAAAAAUAACUGAGCGCUUGCUGCUUAUUCGCAUAUCUCUGCGCGCUCUUUCCAAGUCAUCCCAGUCAACAGCUUCGAAACGCGUGCUGCCGUGUCGAGCACGAAAACGAUCGACUUGUUCGGUUGAUCGGUUCGUGGCUGCAGGAGGUUGGCGAAUCAAACCGCAGCCUCUUGGAAAGCGUGCGAGGGAACUAUUCGCGGCAGAAAUGUCAGAGGUAUUUGACCAUCCUCCAGCAUCUGUCUGAUAAUUUUCCUUGUGUGGCGCUGGGGUUGAAAUGUGAGCGUCACGGCGCUCACUCCUCCUCCUCCUCCUCCUCCUGGUCCUGUGUGUCUCUGCUGGAGUGAAGUCCCUCUGAGCGGCUCUCAAAACUUCAGAGUGGAGCCUGGAAGCGGAGGGAGAGGAUCCUCUGGAGCGACGCGAACAGCCGACCUCCCGUCCUGCUUCUCCCGGUCGAACCGAGGAUUAAACUCGCCGCGUUUCUGUUCCUCUGGUUUCCGCUCGGCUGGUCACCGAAGUUUCCCGACUGACACGUUGUGGUUCCGGACCUGUUUCUCAGCUUUCUCUGGGAUUAAUCUGGUUUAUUUACGGACUUCAUGGUCCGGCGUUAAGAGACUCUGUGUGCUGCAGUUUCUCCCCCUCCAGCCCCUUUUUUUUCUCUCUCUCUCUUUUUCGGAGGGAUUUUUUUCCAGUUAUAUGUGGAAAUAAGGGGGACCCGCUCCGUCUCUCUGACAUUUUCAUGCGUAUUCCUAAAGGACACAGACUUAUUUUUCCUAGUUGAAGAUCAUCAGCAUGGAUGGUUGUCCGCUGCAGGUGGUGCUCUCCUUGUGUCUGCUGCUGGUUUCCAGCUCCGGCUUUGAGAUCGGCUCCUACGACCUGGACCGGGACCGACCGGCCAAGUGCGAGCCCAUCGUGAUCCCCAUGUGCCAGGGCAUCGGCUACAACCUCACCCGGAUGCCCAACUUCAUGCAGCACGACGACCAGGAGGAGGCUGCCAUCAAGCUGCUGGAGUUCGCGCCCCUGGUGAAGUACGGCUGCGACGUGCACCUCCGCUUCUUCCUCUGCUCCCUCUACGCCCCCAUGUGCACCGACAAGGUGUCGACCUCCAUCCCCGCCUGCAGGCCCAUGUGCGAGCAGGCCCGGGAGAAGUGUGCCCCCAUCAUGAAGCAGUUCAGCUACACCUGGCCCGACUCGCUCAACUGCUCCAGGCUGCCCACCAGGUACGACCCCAACGCCCUGUGCAUGGAGGCCCCCGAGAACGAGACCAGGACGGAGGGCAAGAAGGGUGAGGGGAUGCUCCCUGUGCCCCACAGGCCACGGCAGUCGGGUGCCAGCGGGGCCCGCCCUCCUGGCGCCGGGGGCUCCUGUGAAAACACAGAUAAGUUCCAGUUCGUGGAGAAAAGUCAAUCCUGCGCCCCGCGCUGCUCGCCGGCUGUGGACGUCUACUGGUCCAGGCAGGACAAGGACUUCGCCUUCAUCUGGGUGACGGUGUGGUCCAUCCUGUGUUUUGUGUCCACCGCCUUCACUGUUCUGACCUUCCUCCUGGAGCCCCACCGCUUCCAGUACCCCGAGAGGCCCAUCAUAUUCCUCUCCAUGUGUUACAACGUCUACUCCGUGGCCUUCAUCAUCCGUUCGGUGGCGGGCCCGGAGAACAUCGCCUGCGACCGGGAGAACGGGGAGCUGUACAUCAUCCAGGAGGGGCUGGAGUCAACUGGGUGCACCAUAGUCUUCCUCAUCCUCUACUACUUUGGGAUGGCGUCUUCGAUCUGGUGGGUCAUCCUCACCCUCACCUGGUUCCUGGCUGCGGGGAAGAAGUGGGGUCACGAGGCCAUUGAAGCCCACAGCAACUACUUCCACAUGGCCGCCUGGGGCAUCCCCGCUCUCAAGACGAUCAUCAUCCUCACCAUGAGGAAGGUGGCCGGAGACGAGCUGACGGGUCUGUGCUACGUGGGCAGCAUGGACUCGGGGGCGCUCACUGGCUUCGUCCUCAUCCCGCUGUCGUGCUACCUGAUCAUCGGCACGUCCUUCAUCCUCACGGGCUUCGUCGCCCUCUUCCACAUCCGCAAGGUCAUGAAGACGGAGGGCACCAACACGGAGAAGCUGGAGAAGCUCAUGGUGAAGAUCGGCAUCUACUCCAUCCUUUACACGGUGCCGGCCACGUGCGUCAUCGUCUGCUACUUCUACGAGCGGCUCAACAUGGACUACUGGAAGCUGAGGGGCCUGCAGACAAAGUGCGGCUCCUUCGGCGGCCCCGCCGCCGACUGCUCGCUGCAGACGUCCGUGCCCACGGUGGCCGUGUUCAUGCUGAAGAUCUUCAUGUCGCUGGUGGUGGGGAUCACCAGUGGGGUGUGGGUGUGGAGCUCCAAGACCCUGCAGACCUGGCAGGGCCUGUGCAGCAGGAAGCUGGCGGACAGGACUAGUGGCAGGAAGCCCUGCGGCGGCGUGAACUGCGGCAGCACGCACUGCCACUACAAAUCCCCUGCUGUGGUUCUGCACAUGGCCAAGACUGACCCACAUUCAGACAGCCCCACACACGUCUGACAGGAAAGCACUCACACACACACACACACACAAACACACACAAACACGUCGUGCGCCCUGCUUGAGGAGCUACUUGAGGACUUGAACUGAACUGGUGGGUACUUCUCCGCUGCUGCUGCUGAAGGGCACACAGGUAUCUAUGAACAGUAUUCAAUCAGUGCAUAAAGGGAAAUGUUCGGUAUCGGUCCCCCUCAUAUUUUCUUGUUCUCGCUGUUCUCCAGUUUUGCAAAGCGAAAAAAUAUAAAUGUGUAUUCUUAUACUGUUCCAGUGGGAGGAUGUUGGGAAAGAUUUGUGUAUUUUCCUCUCUGAGUGUCAUGGUUAUCUGUAUAAAUCUGUAAAGAAAAAAAUGGUUUAUUUAUUGUAAAUAUAUUUAAUUUAAAAGCCCAACUUGGCUCUCACAGGAGUUGUUUAGUUACAUGCUUCAAAAGGUAAGGGAAAUUAAGUGCCUUUUAUAAGAAAUCGUGGCUUUUUUUUUUUUGCAGGGGGAGAGGUUAAUAAAUCUGUGGAGUUCAUGUGAAACUG